AUGGCUAAAAAUUCAUUUAAGAAAAUUGAGCAAUCAGAUUAUUACAAUGUUUCCGAUCAUUUUCACGAAGAUGAAGUCGAUAUUAAUAUUUCAUCGAGUAUGAAAACUAGUCAAGAUGAAUAUCACAUUGAUUUUACACAAGAGACGACAUCUGAUCAACAAACGAGUGAAAUAUUUUUGAAUGAUUUAAUUCUACUAUCUGAUAGUGAACAAGAGCCAAAUGAUGCUGAAGGAUAUGAGAUUGAUGAUCAAAAUCAAAAACAGACUAGAACAUCAAAAAAAAUGAAAGGAAGUGAUUGGAUUCGACAUAUUAGUAACAAUAACAAUAAUAAUAGUAAUCAUAAAAGUACAGAAGUAACAACAACAAUGACCGGAGUAACAGUUCUUAUGAGUGAAAGUGAUACGUUAGUUAAUAGAAAACGACGUCGAAAUCGAAAAAUAGAUAAAACUUUUGUUCAACAAUUUCGUCGAAUAUUGUCUGAAAUAAAUUCUUCUACAAGAAUAUUGUCCAGAUUAUCAUCAACUGUUAUCGAUGUUGAUUCAUUGUACAUUCAAAUUGUGCGUAUUGAACAUGUGUAUAAUCAAACAUUGUUGUAUGGUAAAAAUUUAAAUGAUCAAAGUGAACUAAUAGUUAUGAUUGAUAAUAAAAUGAUGAAUGAAAAAUUAUUUAAAAUUGAUGAUAAAAUUAAAAUUGGAAAGAAACGGUAUCAACGAACGUCUACAAUCCCUUUCAAAAUAUAA